GCAGAAAACGAAGACCUCUGGGCGAAUAUAGCAAGUGGCCAAACGCUCAAACACAAAUGUUAAGAAUGGUCAGCAAGGCUGCUUUUAGGAACUAACAAGGAAUUUCUAGAGCUGCCCAGCUACAGCAGCCUAGAAAAGUGUUCCUUAAAGAGAUACCCAAGGAGAAAGAGUGUUCAUAGAUUUCUCCCAGGUCAGUCCUGAGUUCGUCUAGAUUUCUGGAUUUCCCAAGAAAAUAAGUUUGUUUCUCUGCUCUUUUUUGACUCUAGCCAUGGUGAAAAUUCAGGACAGCCUUUAGGCUGCAAUCCUACACAUUCACCUUGGAGCAGGUAGCCUUUAACUUGUUGUUGUUUAGUCGUUUAGUUGUAUCCGACUCUUCAUGACCCCAUGGACCAGAGCACGCCAGGCACUCCUGUCUUCCACUGCCUCCCGCAGUUUGGUCAAACUCAUGCUGGUAACCUCAAAAACACUAUCCAACCAUCUCGUCCUCUGUCGCUCCCUUCUCCUUGUGCCCUCCAUCUUUCCCAACAUCAGGGUCUUUUCCAGGGAGUCUUCUCUUCUCAUGAGGUGGCCAAAGUAUUGGAGCCUCAGCUUCUGGAUCUGUCCUUCCAGUGAGCACUCAGGGCUGAUUUUCUUCAGAAUGGAUGCGUUUGAUCUUCUUGCAGUCCAUGGGACUCUCAAGAGUCUCCUCCAGCACCAUAAUUCAAAAGCAUCAAUUCUUCGGCGAUCAGUCUUCUUUAUGGUCAGCUCUCACUUCCAUACAUCACUACUGGGAAAACCAUGGCUUUAACUAUACGGACCUUUGUUGGCAAGCCUUUAACUAAAUAGGACUAACUUCUGAGUAGGCCUUCAUAGGAUUGUAGUAUUAGUAUAUUUGUAAUAAAUAAUCGGCAAUAUCUCCUAAAUCUUCGCGUAUGUAAAUAAACAGGGGUGCACAGCUAUACACACAUAGGCUGGCGGUCGGCUUGUUGUCUAAUCUAGGUUGACUGGGCCUCACCUCUUAGCAACUACGACCUGGUUUGCACAUAACAGUAAACCCUGGUUUAAAUCAACCUUAGUGAGUGAGUCUUACAUGUGAAUCCAGGCCAGCAUCUCAACUAUGGUUUAUUCAUUAUGGUUUGUUAAGGAAAAUAAGAAUCAAAUAAAUGUAGAAUUGGAGGGACCACUAGGAUCACCUAAUCCAACCCCCUGCAAUGCAGAAAUCUCUUACCCAACAUGGGCUUGAACUCAAAACCCUGGAAUUCAGAGUCUCAAGCUCUACCAACUGAGCUAUCUCAGAAGCUUGUUGUCGCCUUACUUGAUCUCAGCUAUGGGUUUAUAUGUGAACCUGGAUUAUGUCACACCAGGCAAAUAUGGUUUUAUGCUUCCUGUGACACGGGAGGACAACUCACAUUUCAGAUUCUCAGGACGGCCCCGUUCCGUGGACAUGGUUCCUUAACCAUGAUCAUUCCUAAGAACAGAUCCCAGAAGCAAGAACAGUCCUGCAACAACAUCAAGAGUGACAAAACAACCGUGGGCUUCCUGCUUGCUAGCUCCCUGAAGCCAUCUGGCUGAGCUCUGAAGAAACAGGAAGCUGGAGUAGAUGGGCCUUUUGGUCUGAUGCAGAGGGCUGUUCUUAUGUUCCUACAUAAUGGAGGCAUAAGCAUUUGUCAAAAGAAUGAGUUGGCCGGUGAAGACGAACUCUAGGGGGAGAGAGCCAUCCCUUUGUCAAGCGAAAUACUCCCCUCAGAAGAGUAUUUUCAGCGACCAAUCUCAAGUCCUCAGCCUUUGGGUCAAGAUAUGCUCGAAAUGGUAAAUAAACAGCUUGCCUCAGCUCACAGCCUCCACCAUGGCUUUAUUAAAAAAACAUCAUGUAAUAAUUAUAGAUUCUUUCCUUAAGGUUCUGUGAUUAAUGGGAGUAAUUGACUCACUAAGAGGCCCCUGAUGUAACAGCAGGCUCCAAGACUAGGCAGCUCAAAUGAAGAUCAGGUUGUUUUUCCUACUUUUGCUGACAUGGAAAUAGGAAGAUUAUUAUUAUUAUUUUGCAGCACUUGAGUGACGAUACAAGAUUUUAUUACUUUUUUUUUUUCUUAGGAACAUAGGAAGCUGCUUUAUUCUGAGUCAGGUCACCAUUGGUCCAGCAAUUACCUACGUGGUUUGGCUCCAGGUCUCCGAGAUUUCAGACAGGGGAAUGCCAAUCACUGAACCUGGAGGCCACUUUUGCCCCCCCCCCCCAUGUAUACAAAACAUGAAAUCAUCAUGUUUUAAUCCCCAAUUAACACACCGUCAGGAAACAACAACAGACUCUGCUGCAAACAAAAUAAGAGCCUACUGGAUCAGGCCAAUCUUAGCGCAGCAUCCUGUUGUCACAGUUGUCACCUAGGUCCCUGUAGGACAGUGUUUCCCAACCUUGGGCCUCCAGCUGUUUUCGAACUACAAUUCCCAUCAUCCCUGACCACUGGUCUUGCUAGCUGAGGAUUAUGGGAGUUGUAGUCCAAAAACAGCUGGAGGCCCAAGGUUGGGAAAUGCUGCUGUAGGAAACCCACAGGAUCCAAGCUCAAGAGCCCUCUCCCCUCUUGUGGUUUCCAGCAACUGGCAUUCAGACGCAUUGCAGCCCAAGACCAAUGAGGCAGAGCAUAGUCAUCAUGGCUAGUAGCCAUUGAUAGCUUCCCGCCCCCGAAUUUGUCCAUACCUCUCUUAAAGGUAAAGGGACCCCUGACCAUUAGGUCCAGUCAUGGCCGACUCUGGGGUUGCGGCGCUCAUCUCGCUUUAUUGGCCAAGGGAGCCGGCGUACAGCUUCCGGGUCAUGUGACCAGCAUGACUAAGCCACUUCUGGCAAACCAGAGCAGCGCACAGAAACGCCGUUUACCUUCCCGCCGGAGCAGUACUUGCACUUUGACAUGCUUUCAAACUGCUAGGUUGGCAGGAGCAGGGACCGAGCAACGAGCGGGGAUUCGAACCACCCACCUUCUGAUCCUAGGCUCUGUGGUUUAACCCACAGAGCCACCCGCAUCCCUCUCUUAGUCACUGCCUCCUGUGGGAGCAGGUCCCGUGGUUCAGUUACGUGCUGCUGAAAUGUAAACAAAAUACAAACUUUUCCCCAAGGCCAAAGAUGCCUCGUGUCAAUAUCAGUAAUUUAUGAAUAAUAAUAAUAAUAAUUUAUUAUUUAUACCCCGCCCAUCCUGCUGGGUUUCCCCAGCCACUCUGGGUGGCUUCCAACCAAAUAUUAAAAACAAUACAGCAUCAGACAUUAAAAACUUACCUAAACAGGGCCGCCUUCAGUUGUCUUUUAAAAGUAAAAUAGUUGUUUAUUGCCUUGACAUCUGCUGGAAGGGCGUUCCACAGGGCAGGUGCCACUACCGAGAAGGCCCUCUGCCUGGUUCCCUGUAACCUCACUUCUCACAGCGAGGGAACUGCCAGAAGAAGGCCCUCGGAGCUGGAUGAUGGGGGUGGAGAUGCUCCUUCAGGUAUACUGGACUUCAGAUACCGUAUUUUUCGCCCUAUAGGAUGCAGUUUUCCCCCUCCAAAAAUGAAGGGGAAAUGUGUGUGCAUCCUAUGGGGCGAAUGCAGGCUUUGGCUGAAGCCUGGAGCACCGAAGCCUGCGCACCGACCCCUCUCACUCUCCAGGCUUCAGGAAGCUAUCCGCAAGCCGUGGGAGAGCUUGCCUGCACCCAGAACUUGGGGCGCGCUGAGCUCAGGGCGCGCACAGCUCUCCCAUGGCUUGCGGAUAGCAGCCUGUUCUGGGGUCUGGGGUCGGGGGAAGCUCGGGCUUCCCCCGCCCCAGCCCCGCACCUGGGGGGGAAAUAAUUUUUUUCCUUUAUUUCCCCCCCAAAAAACUAGGUGCACCCUAUGGGGCGAAAAAUACGGUAUAUUGGACCGAGGCUGUUUAGAGCUUUAAAGGUUAGCACCAACACUUUGAAUUGUGCUCGGAAACGUACUGGGAGCCAAUGAAGAUCCAGUUAUAUGGUCUUGGCGGCCACUCCCAGUCACCAGCCUAGCUGCCACAUUCUGGAAGCAGCCUAAGCAAACAAAAAUUAUUUAUUGGACAGCAGACAGCCCAUGAAUUUAUAUGAAUUAUAUGGAUUUGUGUAAAAGUGUACAAAAGACAUAAAGGAACAAAACUGGGUUUCUUUCUAGUGAUUUUUUUACUGGUUAGUUUCUUUGUGGUGUGUUGAUUGCCUGACCUUUAAAUAUUUUGGUGGGACUUUGCAGGGUGUGUUCUGCUUGGUUUAGCCAUGUUUUGGCUAGAGACAGUUCUUUAUCAUUUUAAUUAAAUUUUCUGUUUUAUAAUUUAGAAUACUCCUUUAAACAUUCUUAAAAUAUCAGUGACUUCCCUUCUUCUCUUUCCUUGGUUCAUUUUGCAUAUCAUAAAUCCCUGCAUAUUUUACAUAAACUACAGUUCUUACCCGAUACGGAUAGCUUGGACUAAAUGAGCCCAGAAUAUUUAGAAUACCCUCUAACAGAAGUGGCUUUAGAAAGGAGUAGGUAUGUUCAUGUCCUGCACUGAAGCAGCAAGGCUGAAUGACAAGGCCUCAUCCAACUCCAUGAUUCUAUAAAGGGGUGGUGCUGUGGGUUAAACCACAGAGCCUAGGACUUGCCGAUCAGAAGGUCAGCGGUUCGAAUCCCCGCGACAGGGUGAGCUCCCGUUGCUUGGUCCCUGCUCCUGCCAACCUAGCAGUUCGAAAGCACAUCAAAGUGCAAGUAGAUAAAUAGGUACCGCUCCUGCAGGAAGGUAAACGGCGUUUCCGUGCACUGCUCUGGAUCGCCAGAAGCGGCUUAGUUAUGCUGGCCACGACCCGGAAACUGUACGCCGGCUCCCUCAGCCAAUAAAGCGAGAUGAGCGCCGCAACCCCAGAGUCGGUCACAACUGGACCUAAUGGUCCGGGUUCCCUUUACUGUCGAUGACCACUACCCAUGAGAAUAAUAAUGUUUCACCUGUGUCGGUUUUUAGACUGCAAGCUCCUCAGGGCAGGGACCUAUCCUCAUGUAAUCCGGCAAGUGAAUGGACACCAAUACCGCUAUAUACAGCGCCGGAAAUGGAGUAUCAGAGGUAAGCUGCCUCUGAUUUCAAGAUAUGAGGGACUAACGCUAGAGGGUUGGCUGGUUUCAUCAGCCUCAGUGGUGAUGAGAGCGAGCCCUGAGCUCAGUGGACUUUGAUGCUAAGCUCCUUCCAGAUUCCAUGAUUAUUCACAUUUUCUUUAUCCCCUGGAUUUUGUUCACUCAACAGCUUGAGGCAGAGAAAGAUCCCGUGGUUCCUGGCUACCAAUUUUUAUUUUUAUUUUGUUUAUUGCAUCCUGCAUCUCAGAGGAAUAAUCUUCCACCCUCAUUACAUCACUUGUGUCAAAGGGUUGUUUCGUUUGAAGUUGCUGUUUUAAAUCUCAGAUGUGCAGCUUCUUUGGCUUGCGGUCUCUCUCUAGAGAAAGACAAGAUUAUAAUGAAAAGCUGGCAUCUGGCAACGGAGGUACAUCUGCUACCUUUUCCAUCAAGGGGAGGCCCUCUCCCGCUUGAGGCCCUAGCAGCAAAUGCACCCAGGGUUAGCUGAUGUCACAGCGCCACCUCUCGGCCAUUUCACUUUCGGCAGUUGCUUAGGUUUAAAAAUCAGAAUCUGUUUUUUUAUUUUUUAAGGAAUAUGUGUUCCUGUUUUUAUGGGCCUGGGAUAGUUGCAUUAGAGGCAUUAAAUUUGCCCCUUAAAAGCUCUUAAUUGCCAUUUCAUGUUCACGGGGAUUGAAUAGUAGUGAAAGGUCAGCUCACCGCCUCUCCUGGUAUGCCCCACAGAGGAACUUAAGGUCCAUAAAUAGCAAAACCCUAGAGGUCCCGGGCCCUAAGGAAGACAGAUUAGCCUCAGCCAGAACCAGGGCCUUUUCAACACUGGCUCCAGCCUGGUGAAAUGCUCUGCCUCAUGAGACCAGGGCCCUGCAGGAUCUGAUUUCUUUCCGCAGGGCCUGUAAGACAGAGUUGUUCCGCCUGGCCUUUGGCUUGAAAUCAACUUGAUCCCCUCCCCCUCUUUCCUUUUUCCUUUUUCUUUCUGUGAUGGGACUCCUAUUUGGGGACUUUCCUGGCUUUUUUCUGGCCCACGUAGGACCAGUCUGGAUAGUUGGCCUUGGUGAAGAUUUGACGUUUUCAUCCCCAAAAAGUUUUUGAUUUGAGUUUCUACUGAAAUGAGGCUGCAUUUUAAUGUUGUAUUUUAAUCUUGUUUUUAAGUUGUAUUUUAAUGAAUUGUUUAUAUACCUGGUGUUAGCUGCCCUGGGCCUGGUUGUGGCAGGGGAGGGCGGGGUAUAAAUAAAUUUUAUAUUAUUAUUAUUAUUAUUAUUAUUAUUAUUAUUAUUAUAUACCCAAUGGUUCACUACACUCUGGAGGCAAGCGCCUUGUCAGGAGGUCCCCUGCAAAAUGUGGGAAUGAGGCCUUUAGUGUUGCUGCACAGCAGCCUUUGGAAUCCCCUCCUCCUGAUUCUUAGGCAGGCCUAGUCUCUGCUAUCUUUUCAGCACUUCCACUUUCAAACAGGCUUUCAAGUUGGGAAUAGUGGAAGUCUGAUUUUACAAACCUUUCAAUUAGUUGAAGGGGCUGUCUAUCUAAAGUUCCAGAAAUUUGUGGAAGAGAUGCUAACCACUGCUUGUAAACUGUUAACAACUGGGGGGAAGGGGACAAUCUCCUUUGUUAGAAGAACUAAAAAGAAGUAUAUGAAAUAGGUUACUUUGGGGGGGGCCUCCCCCAAUACAUCACACAUACAUCACAGGGGGCGGUCUAAAACAGAAUCCUGAGUGUGUUGUUUUUCUCCUGUCUGCCAUUUACCUGAUUGCAUUAUCUGGGUUUUGGGCACUCUUUUGUUAUUAUAACUACUUAAUUCCUGAAUCCAGGUCACAGGUCACAGGCUCACCCUGUUCACACCUUAAAUGUGCCCUUAUGGCAGGAUUUGUGAGCACAGAGACAAUGGGGAGAUGUCCCAUUUCCACCGACCUUGCAGAGAAAUAUUUGAGGUCAUUUUUGGAGAGAGAAAAUGGUUUCAGGACUUUUCUAUGGGUUUCAGACAUGUGGUUUACAUAUUUGUAUGUGUUUGCUUGGUACAUUUAUGAACAUCUAUUAUAUAUAUCCCCUUCAUGGAUCACUGUCUUGCUGUGGCGAAGGGGCUUGAAGAACUCAGAGAAGCUAUGAACUAUGCCGAGCAGGGCACCCAAGAUGAACAGGUCAUAGUGGAGAGUUUUGACCAAACGUGAUCCACCUGGAGUAGGAACUGGCAAGCCACUCCAGUAUCCCUGCCAAGAAAACUCCAUGGACAAAGGCAACAGGCAUAUAAAAGUUAUGACGCUGGAAGAUGAGCCCCUCAGGUCGGAAGGCGUCCAACAUGCUACUGGGGAAGAGCGGAGGGCAAGUACAAGUAGAUUCAGAGCUGAUGAAGCGGCUGGGCCAAAGCCGAAAGGACGCUCAGUUGCGGAUAUGCCUGGAAGCGAAAGGAAAGUCCAAUGCUGUAAAGAAAAUAUUGCAUAGGAACCUGGAAUGUAAGAACCAUGAACCUUGGUAAGUUGGAUGUGGUCAAAAAUGAGAUGGCAAGAAUAAAUAUUGACAUCCUGGGCAUCAGUGAACUAAAAUGGACGGGACUGGGCGAAUUCAGAUCGGAUGACCAUCAUAUCUACUACUGUGGGCAAGAAUCCCGUAAAAGAAAUGGAGUGGCCCUCAUAGUCAACAAAAGAGUGGCGAAGGCUGUAAUGGGAUGCAAUCUCAAAAAUGAUAGAAUGAUCUCAAUACGAAUCCAAGGCAGACCUUUUAACAUCACAGUAAUCCAAGUUUAUGCACCAACCACUGGUGCUGAAGAAACUAAAAUUGACCAGUUCUAUGAAGAGUUACAACACCUUAUAGAAAUGACACCAAAUAAGGAUGUUCUUCUCAUUAUAGGGGAUUGGAAUGCUAAAGUAGGGAGUCAAGAGAUAAAAGGAACAACUGGCAAGUUUGGCCUUGGAGAUCAAAACGAAGCAGGGCAAAGGCUAAUAGAGUUCUGCCAAGAGAACAAGCUGGUCAUCACAAACACGCUUUUCCAACAACAUAAGAGACGACUCUACACAUGGACAUCACCAGAUGGGCAGCAUCGAAAUCAGAUUGAUUAUAUACUCUGCAGCCAAAGAUGGAGAAGCGCUAUACAGUCAGCAAAAACAAGACCUGGAGCUGACUGUGGCUCAGAUCAUCAGCUUCUUAUAGCAAAAUUCAAGCUUAAACUGAAGAAAGUAGGAAAACCACUGGGCCAGUAAGAUACAAUCUAAGUCAAAUCCCUUAUGAAUACACAGUGGAAGUGAGGAACAGGUUUAAGGAUUUAGAUUUGGUGGACAGAGUGCCUGAAGAACUAUGGAUGGAGGCUCGUAACAUUAUACAGGAGGCAGCAACUAAAACCAUCCCAAUGAAAAGGAAAUGCAAGAAACAAAGUGGCUGUCCAACGAAGCCUUACAAAUAGCGGGGGAGAGAAGGCAAGCAAAAUGCGAGGGAGAUAGUGAAAGAUACAGUGGUGCCUCGCAAGACGAAAAGAAUCCGUUCUGGGAGUCUCUUCGUCUAGCGGUUUUUUCGUCUUGCGAAGCAAGCCCAUUGACGGGAUUAGCGGAUUAGCGCUAUUAGCGCUAUUAGCGGCUUUUAGCGGCUUUUAGCACCUUAUCAGCUUAUCGGAUAAGCAGAUAAGCGGCUUAGCAACUUAGAAAAAGAGGGGGAAAAGGAAAAAAAAACCCAGGAACUCGCAAGACAUUUUCGUCUUGCGAAGCAAGCCCAUAGCAGAUUCGUUUUUGCGAGGCACCUCCAAAACGGAAAACUCUUUCGUCUAGCGAGUUUUCCGUCUUGCGAGGCAUUCGUCUUGCGGGGCACCACUGUACAGGAAAUUGAAUGCAGAGUUCCAAAAAAUAGCAAGGAGAGACAAGAAGGCCUUCUUAAACGAGCAGUGCAAAGAAAUAGAGGAAAGCAACAGAAUGGGAAAAACCAGAGAUUUGUUCAAGAAAAUUGGAGAUAUGAAAGGAACAUUUCGUACAAAGAUUACCAUAAUAAAAGACAAAAGUGGAAAGGACCUAACAGAAGCAGAAGACAUCAAGAAGAGGUGGCAAGAAUACACAGAGGAAUUAUACCAGAAAGAUAUGGAUGUCUCGUACACCCCAGGUAGUGUGGUUGCUGACCUUGAGCCAGACAUCUUGGAGAGUGAAGUCAAAUGGGCCUUAGAAAGCACUGCUAAUAACAAGGCCAGUGGAAGUGAUGAUAUUCCAACUGAACUAUUUAAAAUUUUAAACGAUGAUGCUGUUAAGGUGCUACACUCAAUAUGCCAGCAAAUUUGGAAAACUCAGCAGUGGCCAGAAGAUUGGAGAAGAUCAGUCUACAUCCCAAUCCCAAAGAAGGGCAGUGCCAAAGAAUGCUCCAACUACCGCACAAUUGCACUCAUUUCACACGCUAGCAAGGUUAUGCUUAAAAUUCUACAAGGCAGGCUUAAGCAGUAUGUGGACUGAGAACUCCCAGAAGUGCAAGCUGGAUUUCGAAGGGGCAGAGGAACCAGGGACCAAAUUGCAAACAUGCGCUGGAUUAUGGAGAAAGCUAGAGAGUUCCAGAAAGACAUCUACUUCUGCUUCAUUGACUAUGCAAAAGCCUUUGACUGUGUCGACCACAGCAAACUAUGGCAAGUUCUUAAAGAAAUGGGAGUGCCUGAUCACCUCAUCUGUCUCCUGAGAAAUCUCUAUGUGGGACAAGAAGCUACAGUUAGAACUGGAUAUGGAACAACUGACUGGUUCAAAAUUGGGAAAGGAGUACGGCAAGGCUGUAUAUUGUCUCCCUGCUUAUUUAAUUUAUAUGCAGAAUUCAUCAUGCGAAAGGCUGGGCUGGAUGAAUCCCAAGCCGGAAUUAAGAUCGCCGGAAGAAUUAUCAACAACCUCAGAUAUGCAGAUGACACAACCUUGAUGGCAGAAAGUGAGGCGGAAUUAAAGAACCUUUUAAUGAGGGUGAAAGAGGAGAGUGCAAAAUAUGGUCUGAAGCUCAACAUCAAAAAAACGAAGAUCAUGGCCACUGGGCCCAUCACCUCCUGGCAAAUAGAAGGGGAAGAAAUGGAGGCAGUGAGAGAUUUUACUUUCUUGGGCUCCAUGAUCACUGCAGAUGGUGACAGCAGUCACGAAAUUAAAAGACGCCUGCUCCUUGGGAGAAAGGCGAUGGCAAACCUAGACAGCAUCUUAAAAAGCAGAGACAUCACCUUGCCAACAAAGGUCCGUAUAGUUAAAGCCAUGGUUUUCCCGGUAGUAAUGUAUGGAAGUGAGAGCUGGACCAUAAAGAAGGCUGAUCGCUGAAGAAUGGAUGCUUUUGAAUUAUGGUGCUGGAGGAGACUCUUGAGAGUCCCAUGGACUGCAAGAAGAUCAAACGUAUCCAUUCUUAAGGAAAUUAGCCCUGAGCGCUCACUGGAAGGACAGAUCCUGAAGCUGAGGCUCCAAUACUUUGGCCACCUCAUGAGAAGAGAAGACUCCCUGGAGAAGACCCUGAUGUUGGGAAAGAUGGAGGGCACAAGGAGAAGGGAGCAACAGAGGACGAGAUGGUUGGAUAGUGUUUUCGAGGUUACCAGCAUGAGUUUGACCAAACUGCGGGAGGCAGUGGAAGACAGGAGUGCCUGGCGUGCCUGGCGUGCUCUGGUCCAUGGGGUCACGAAGAGUCGGACACGACUAAACGACUAAACAACAACAACAACAUCAUCAUUAUAUAUAUAUAAGACCUUAAAAUUCUUAUAAGACCUAUCAGGGAUUGUGACUCUCAGGUGGGAAAAGUUUCCCCAUGCCUGCUAUAAAACUCACUUGGGAAGAAUGCUGUGUACCAUUUACUCUGCACUGCGUUCACUGCACUCCCACUGCUGGUUUGGGAAGCAUACAGCAAUAGUCAUUUUGAGAAAUGUCACAUUUUGAUGCACCCCCCCCCAAAAAAAACCCAGCUUCCUUCCUUCUCUCGUAAACUGUGGAUAGAUCCACAUUGGAAGAUUCAGGCCAGACAAAAGAAAGUACUUAUCACACAAUGCACAGUGAAACUAUGGACCCACAGAAUGCAGUGAUGGCCACCCAUUUGGAUGGCUUUAAAAGAGGAAUAGAUAAAUUCAUGGAGAGCAGGCUCUCAGUGGCCACGGAAGCGUUUCUGGUACCAGUUGUUGGUAACUGCAGGAAGGGCAAAUUUUUUGUGUGCUCAGGUCCUGCUAGCAGGUUUUCACAGGCAUCUGGGUGCAGGCCUUUUGUUGAAGGGGCAGGCCUUUUUUAUUGGGGGGGGAGAGAACCUUAGUUUGCUAUGUAUUUUAUUGAUUUGGGGGCUGCUCCUCUCUGCACCAGGGACGUGGGUGGCGCUGUGGGUUAAACCACAGAGCCUAGGACUUGCCAAUCAGAAGGUUGGCAGUUCGAAUCCCCGCGACGGGGUGAGCUCCCGUUGUUCGGUCCCAGCUCCUGCCCACCUAGCAGUUUGAAAGCACGCCAGUGCAAGUAGAUAAAUAGGUACCACUCCGGCGGGAAGGUAAACGGCGUUUCCAUGCGCUGCUCUGGUUCGCCAGAAGUGGCUUAGUUAUGCUGGCCACAUGACCUGGAAGCUGUACGCCGGCUCCCUCGGCCAAUAAAAUGAGAUGAGCACCACAACCCCAGAGUUGGUCACGACUGGACCUAAUGGUCAGGGGUCCCUUUAGUUUUACUCUCUGCACCUCCUUGGCUACACCCAUGUCUGGGUGGCCACGGUGAGAACAGGAUGCUAGACUACAUAUGGACCGCAGGCCUGAUCCAGGAAGCCUUUCUUAUGUUCUUAUGAUCCAGAUUAAGAAAAAAAAACGACCUGGCUGCAUUUUAAGCUAGCGAUAGGGCCUACUUCUGCACACUCUAUGAGAACUGAACCUAGGUUCAUAUGUUGCCUCUGCCAGCACCUUCACAGUGGCGUAGCGUGGGGGGUGCAGGGGGGGCCGGCCGCAACAUCUGGGGGUUAGGGUUAGGGGGCGCAAAUCCACGGGUUAGGGGGCGCAAAUUACUUGCCUUGCCCCGGGUGCUGACAACCCACGCUACGCCACUGCACCUUCAUGAAUACCAGCGUAACAGUCACCUUUCUUGCAAAGCAGCACUCGGGAACUUCUGGUCUUCCCAUGACAGCAGGCUGGGGCAACUGCAGUUCCCUAGAUGUUGCUGGAUUUCAGCUCCAGCCGGCAUGGUCAGUGACGGAAGUUGCAGCCCAGCAACCCCUGUUUCCUUAUCCCUGCUCAAAAGCAAUGAUGGUCAGCACCAGCAAUACUAUUAUUGUCGUCGAAAGCGACAUUUGCUAUUGUUACACAUCCCUGAAUGAAUGGCCACUACCUAGAAGCUCUUCCAGGCCUCUCGUUUUAUAAUUUCCCUUUGGAGCCUCAGCAGCACCUCUGCUCUCUUUCCCUGGGGAACGCUGUCAAGAGAGAGAGGGGGCUCCACUCCCCAGCUCCCUACUCUUGCCUGGAUGCCUUGGGAGUUGGGGUGGGAUGGGGUGGGGGUGUAAGAAAGUCCCAGUCCAAACCCCCGUGGCACGGAAACGGGGCUCCCCCUCCUCCUCCUCCCGGAGCUGGACCGGAGAGGGACCCAGGCGUCCUGAGCGGGAGACCCCCUCAACGCUCCCCCCCCCUCACUCUCGACGACAGCACAGCCUUGACAUUGGCGGCAGCAGAUUCGCCCACGGCCGCCGGCCUGGAAGUCUGACCUUGCAAAUUGGAAGAAGACGGUGGUGGUGGGGAAACGUGUGUGGCGAGGCAGGGGGGGGGAAACUGGGGGGUGGAAUCGGCAGGUGCCCCCCACAUACACCAACACGAGCCUGGUGGCGAAAGUGCGGUUGCCAAGGAGCGGCUUUACCCAGCGGGGCCUCCCCGCGCAGGAGCUGCUGCUGCCGCUGCCGCCGCCGCCGGAGCCUCCUCCUCCUUCUCCAUUGUCCGGGCCGGGCCGGGCUGGGCCCAUGGGCCCUGCCGCCACGAGAGCCGCCCAGCAGCCGCCCAGACGCGGGCGGGGGGCCUGAGGCCGAGCGCGGUGAGAGAGCCUGCGGGCGGGGAAGAGGAGGGGAGCGGGGAGCGGCGAGGGGAAGCCGCCCGGCGGGCGGGCGGGCGGCUUUCUCCCGCGGAAACAGCGAGGAAACGGGGGCUGCCGCUGCUUCUGCGUGGGUCUGUGUGCGCCUUGCAAAGGGGGGAGAAGGCGGCGGGCAAAGCUGGCAUUUCCUCCGAUAUCCCCCCCCCACCGCUCCUGCCCCGCCAACCCCCAAGCCUCCUUCUUCUCCUGCCCCACAUCCGACCCACACUUCCCCCCCGCACACCUCCGAUGCAUGCAGGAAGUGCGCGCGCGUGGAAAUGAGAGAGAGAGAGAGAGAGAGAGCACGCUCUUGACAGCCCCUCUCCCUCCCAUUGCAGGCCCCCCCAAGGGGGAUGGGUUUGCUGUGAGCCGCCUUGAGUUCUACGGGCGAAGGGCGGUCUACAAAUCCAGCACAUCAGAAUAAUAAUAAUUAUAGGAGCAGCGUUGUUGUCCAGCAACAUCUAGGGAGGGCAGCAGCUCUCCCUCUCUUUAGCACCCACUGGGACAAUGUGCCCAACAGCAGGGGAUGUGGCGUGUGGACUUCUCUGGGUCCCCCCCCCCACCACCACCAGCACUAUGAAGAUAGAGAGAGAGAACUUGACAGCUGCUUUGCCCAGGUUGCCCCCUCCCAUGACAGCUGCUGCCCUGCUGUUGGGGGAGGUGGGGUGGGGUUUGCACGAGUCUGCUCUUUUGCCCUGCCCACCUAUGCUGGAAGGUGCCACAAAGGUAAAGAAGGUCCACGGAGCGAAAGGUGGGUAGCCUGAUGGCCGCCACCCGUUGCCCUCCUGGUACACCGCAGGGUUACUUGGACAAAGGUGGUGGCAUACUGGGUUGGCGUCUUUCUCUGCCUUCUCUGCUACCCACUUAUUCUCCUGUGCUCUCUCUGUGGCAGAGGGUGCCUUGGAGAUAGGGAAGCUGGUGUGUGAUGGGAGCAGCUUCAUGGCCACCUGCCCUCCCUCGUUCUUCUCCCAUAGUUAUCGUUCUCCUUAUAGCUGCUGGCACAGCGUGGGAUGAGAGAGGUAAUGUAAGGUUUGCCGUGUGUAAAGCAGGGUCAAGCCUCUCUAUCUGCUUUCCUAUCCUUUCUGUGCUAAUUCUUCUUCCUUCCUCCAAGCAGAGGAUGCCGCAGGUGAGAAAGGCAAUGUGGGAGUUAUCAGGGCCAAAAGGUGUGGCGGGCUGAUUGGCGACCUUCAGUGUUCUCUUUCAGCCCUUUUCUGUUUAUUCCUGGUGCUACAACAACAACACAUGCACAAACAAACACAGAGUGUACAACUAAAGGGAAAGAGCAGUUGGGGGAUAUUGUUUUUGUUUGCACAUUUUUGUGUUUUUAUAUUGUAAAUUGUGAUCCUCGGAUGGAGGGCGGUAUAGAAAUGUAGUAAACAACAACAGGUGCAAAGAGGUGUUGGAGGUUGCACACACAGGCAAAGCUUGGGAUUUUCAUUCCUAGUACUGUCUGAUUCCUGUUGUAGAAAGGAAGUCAAUGCAGCUUGAGUUGCCUGACACCUUUCCCAUUAAUUUUCAUUUCCUCUCCAGCUUGGGGACACCAUGGCAUGACAGAGGCAAUGUGUGAGAGACAGCCUGAGCAAGAAGUGGCAAGUGACAGGCACAACUGUGGGUAGCACAACUGUGGGUAGUAUUAAGUCGAGGGCCAUUCCAUGUUGCUAGUCAGACUUUCCUUGUCUUAGUUGUCAUUCUCUGCUGCUAGGUAAAGGUAAAGGGACCCCUGACCAUUAGGUCCAGUCGUGACCGACUCUGGGGUUGUGGCGCUCAUCUCGCUUUAUUGGCCAAGGGAGCCAGCGUACAGCUUCUGGGUCAUGUGGCCAGCAUGACUAAGCCGCUUCUGGUGAAACCAGAGCAGCGCAUGGAAACGCUGUUUACCUUCCCGCCGGAGCGGUACCUAUUUAUCUACUUGCACUUUGACGUGCUUUCGAACUGCUAGGUUGGCAGGAGCAGGGACCGAGCAACAGGAGCUCACCCCGUCGCAAGGAUUCGAACUGCCGACCUUCUGAUUGGCAAGCCCUAGGCUCUGUGGUUUAACCCGCAGCGCCACCCGCGUCCCUGCAGCUAGUUUACAUUAAAAGCCGGGGUGAACAAAAGCCUUCCGCUGGUGCUGAAAAGGAAGAGCAUUCUACAUUGUGGUGCUUUGCCAUCUACCUCACUUCAGAGUGGGCCUUGGAAGGGGGAUAUGUUCAUGGGGAGAAAAAGGUAGCCCUUUAGAUACCUGGCUAUUCAGAGCUUUAAAGCUGAGAACCAGAAAUGGAUUGGGGCUGGUUGAGUUGUUUCAGAACUUCUGAUACAUGUUUCAUUCUGCCAGUUGCAGUUAACAUUCUAAGCCACUGUACUUCAUCCCAGCUGAAAUUCCAGAGUAGUCUUCAAGGGCAGUCCAGCAUAUAACACAUUUCAGUAGCCCACAUGGGAUGUUACCAGAGCCUGGAUAACUGUGGCCCAGCUUGUCUCUUAUGCAGCUGCGGGGUAGUGGGAGGAUACCAUGAGUAAUUUGGUUAAUGCUAAUAUUCUCAAACUCUUUCCCUUCCCCGCCACUGCCAGACUCCUGCUGCUUUAAAAUUUAGUGGUAGCAGCGUGCUUAGCAAAGAACAGAAAAUACAAGUGAGAAGGAUCCCUGUCUAGAGGGCUUACGGUCUGCCCUGGAUGGAGUGGAGAGUGAAGACGGGAACGGAUAAAGGGGUAAAAAUGGCUUUGAAUGUUGCAGGACAUCACAGGUGUGAAGGCCACAAAAAACAAAAUACGAAGGGAAGGAAACUGGCCCCAUGCCUUAGAAAUAGAAAUGAACACAACAGAGACUUGCUACAUGGUUGUGGCUUAUUGGUGCAGCCAACUGGUGGUAUUUUUGGAGCUGCGUGCCUUACCUUUGCAGUUUACCACGCCAAGCACUGUUAGACGUCCCCUGCCGACAAUGCUAUAUUAGUUGACUCUGUGAGGCUGCAAUACAGGGAAGUCAGCCAGCAAGGAAGUGAAGAAGUUCAGGAAAAGCUUUGCUGAAAAAGUGGGCUUUGAGGAGUAAUUUGUAGGAGGAACGGAGAACAGCUAGACCAGGGAUGAGAACCUCAAGGCUCUCCAAAUGUUAGACUACAGCUCCUUUCAGCUGCAGCCAGCAUGGCCAUCUGUCAGGGGAUGAUGGGAGUUGUAGUCCGGCAACACCUCGAGGGCCACAGAACCUGUUCUGCUCCAUGCACAACCAGCAGAAAUUCCUUAGAUGGGCAGCAUCAGGCAGGGUGAGUAGAAUAACAUCCCACAUCCCUAGUGCCCAGAUGGCUGCUGCCCACAUUUUUCCUUGCAUGAUUUGGCAAUAACCCAGGAGAAAGAGGACGAGGUGUAAUACCUGGUUAGAGAAAAGAAGCAGUACAGUUCUGUGCAAAAUUUUGCACAACAGUCUCUGAUGUGGUUGUCACGUUCGUGCCAGUCUGCCUCUGGGAAUUGGCCUGGUCUCCGUGUGCAUUUUGUGCUAGAUCAGUCUGGGAGUGGAUUAGGUCCUGUUACGAUGUGCUAGAAGCCUGUUUGCGAAGCUCCUGGCUCCUCCCGGCACAGGCGUUUUGGGUCGGGAAGGGGGAGCAAACCGUUGGUAGGUAUUCAGGUGGCGCGCCAGCCCUGACCUCUCCGCUCUUGGUUCCCCCUUCCCUACAGAGCUAGCAGGCGCCAUGGGGGUGGACUUUGACGUGAAGACGUUCUGCCACAACCUGCGGGCCACCAAGCCGCCGUACGAGUGCCCCGUGGACACCUGCCGCAAGAUCUACAAGAGCUACAGCGGCAUCGAGUACCACCUCUACCACUACGACCAUGACAACCCCCCGCCCCCGCAGAGCGCCCCUCUGCGCAAGCACAAGAAGAAGGGCCGGCACGGCCGGGCGGCCAACAAGCAGUCGCCCAGCCCCUCCGAGACCUCGCAGUCGCCGGGCCGAGAGGUCAUGACCUACGCCCAAGCCCAGCGCAUGGUGGAAGUGGACCUGCACGGCCGCGUGCACCGCAUCAGCAUCUUCGACAACCUGGACGUGGUGUCCGAGGACGACGAGGCGCCCGAGGAGGUCCCGGAGAACAACAGCAACAAGGAGAACACGGAGACGCCCUCCGUGGCCCCCAAAGCCGGCAAGCAUAAGAAUAAGGAGAAGCGUAAGGACUCCAACCAUCACCACCACAGUGCCUCGGCGGGCAACAUGCCCAAGCUCCCAGAGGCCGUGUACCGGGAGCUGGACCAGGACACGCCUGACGCCCCUCCUCGCCCCUCCUCGUAUUACAGGUACCACCUGUGGGUUGGGGGCACCCUGUGGAGCUGUGGCUCGGAGGGCUUUGCGGGAUCGUGGUUGGGUUUUGAUUGCGUCCUAUGUAAGCAACUUAAGAGAUUCUUCUUAUAUUAUGUGGUAUGUUGUUAGCAUCCAUCGAGAGACAAUGGAGUUCGCCUCCUGGGGUGAAGUCAAACCACUGGAUUAUAGGACUGGGCGAUAUCUGGUUUUUCAAAAUCGUGAUAUAUCACCCCCUAAACAUCGUGAUAUACCGACCUAUCACAAUGUCUGAAAUAAGGAUGGAGCUAUGUACAGGCAUUGUCCGGCUUCACCGUUUCCCCCACAUAGUGAUUUUUUCACAGCACACACACACACACACACACACACACACACAUCUUGAUUUGCAAUAUAUUGUGCUAGGUUAAAAAACCUAUGGAACCGAUAUCACGAUAGGGACUUCAAACUUGUUUUGGGCAAUGUAUCGCUGUAUCACCCAGCCCUGCUGGAGAAUCACAGCGCCUGCUGUGGCUGCGGAGAGUGGUAACUCGUAGCUGCUACCUCCCGUGUUGUUUUUGCUACAUUAACAGCACUGAAGUGACCUCCCUGGGGCACCAGCCUGGGCAGUGUGGGGGGAGGUCCUGGGCUGCCCAGCCUCGCUGAUCUGGUCCAAAGGAAAGCAGAGCAGUACGUUCGGCACCAGCGUGGCUGCAGGAGUUGCAGGAAGGAGGUGUACAAGGUGCCAUCCAACCGCCUUAGGGACCCCACUCAGGAUUUGUGUGGGUUUACUCCAUGGGUAGGCAAACUAAAGCCCGGGGGCCGGAUCCAGCCCAAUCGCCUUCUCAGUCCAGCCCGCAGACAGUCCGGCAAUCAGAGUGUUUUUACAUGAGUAGAAUGUGUCCUUUUAUUUAAAAUGCAUCUCUGGGUUAUUUGUGGGGCAUAGGAAUUCAUUCAUUCCUCCCCCCUUCAUAAUAGAGUCUGGCCCCCCACAAGGUCUGAGGGACAGUGGACUGGCCCCCUGCUGAAAACGUUUGCUGACCCCUGGUUUACUCCUUAGCCUUUUCUUCUCCUGAUGGUAUCCUGCAAGGCAGUGGUGGUUUAGGAUCAGAGUUUUCCUUCUCCUAGAUGGGCUAGGUGCCCCCUUAAGUGGUAUAGUAAAGGUAAAGGGUAAAGGGACCCCUGACCAUUAGGUCCAGUCGUGGGCGGCUCUGGUGUUGUGGCGCUCAUCCCCAUCAUGGGGAUUCGAACUGCCGACCUUCUGAUCGGCAAGUCCUAGGCUCUGUGGUUUAACCCACAGCGCCACCCGCAUCCCUUCUUAAGUGGUAUACAAUAUUAUUAAUCAUACCAUCUCCAUCCAAGCUGAGGUUCUCAAAUGGGGAGGAGAGCACUUUAAGGAGGUGCUGCUGAGCAUUUCUCAGGGGGCCUCUGCACUUCCCUCUCGGAGGGCAUCACCUGGCUGAGCCUUGUUGCAGCUUGGAGACCGAGGCAGCCCGUGUCCCUUGGGCAAAGGAAGACUUCUUCCCUUCCUAACAGGAGCGAGGGGUUGCACCUUGGGAGGAGAAUCUGGAACAGCAGUAUUCCUACCCGGUGGUCACAGAAUUCCCUGGCAUCAGGGGGCAGGGUAAAAAAAAGUGCUCUUGCCUGGAGAGACGCCUUAACUCCCCAACACCACCUUCCUACCCCUGACUUUUGAGAGGUACAUUAUGCUGAAGUUGGAAGACUUUGUCUGAUUGCAGCAGUGUUUCGUCCAGUCCGGUUCACUCACCUGUAAGUAGUGCGGCGGCUUGCACGAAAGGAUUUUCACAGAGUGACGUGAUAGGUUUCUCCCCGCACUCCCCAGGUCAAAGAAAAACAAGGGCUUGGAUGGCUGUGACCAGAAUUCUCAGUGUAGAGGAAGAGGGAUGGCAUGCAGAGCUCAUGCUGGUACUCAGCUAAUUCUGCCAGGAAGAGAGCACUGAAGCAGCCAGUCGUGGCUCAGUCAGUAGAGCAUGAGACUCUUAAUCUUAGGGUUGUGGGUUCGAGGCCCACAUUGAGGAAAAGAUUCCUGCAUUGCAAGGGGCUGGCCUAGAUGACCCUCGUGGUCCCUUCCAACCCCAGAAUUCUCUACGUAAAAUGGUGCAGGUGAACAAAUGAUAAGUGACUCUAAAGGUGGAACAAACUGGCAACACUUAGUAUUAGGCUGCCAGUCAAAAUCUGUCCUGUUGUGCUCCUGCUUUCAGGCCUAGGGGUAACAGGUCUCCCUCUGUAGGUCAAAGCAACCAAACCUUAACGUUUUUUAAACAGACUGUGUAGCUUCAGAACUGGGCCAGAUGCAGGUCAGCACCAUAGCUGUCAACCUUCCCUUUUUUUGCGGGAAGUUCCCUUAUUCCAGCACUGUUUCCCAUUGCUUCCCGCUGCUAUCCCGGAUUGUUAGAUAUCCCGUAGACUGUCCCUGGGACAGGUGAGGCUGCUGAUCCCUUAUUUUCAAAUCUGAAAGUUGACAGCUAUGGUCAACACACAAGUUGCAGAGUUAGGCAGUGUAGUUUGUUCUUGAUUCGAGAAAACCGCACAUAGCUCAGCGACACAUCCCGACAGGACUUGCCCCUGCAGAGCAGUUGCCAGGACCGAUGGUCAACUUCUUUACCCCAUCUAAGUCUCCUCCCUCUGCCAGACCUUUCCCAAGCAACCUCAAACUAUGUUGGGGCACCUGCAAAAACUCUUCCGCCCUAUGCAUCGCCCUGUGUGUCCUUGGAGACAACAAGGGAGAGGAGCUCGUUGCAGCAGGAGAGACAGAUUCCUGGGAUUCUCUUGCAGCCUCUUGUUCCCUCUGUGCUUCAGCCUCUGAGUCUGAGCUGCUCCCUGUCACAGGCUCUCCUUGCUCACUAAAGCCUGUUGCUUCUUCAGCAUCCAACCAUUCCUCCCUCCCAUUUUCCCUCGGACCUCUCCUCAGUGUGCCACUACUAAUCCCCAGGCUCGGAGCCUUCCUCCUCUGGGGCUUCCCUUGUGGGGUGGGUCUCCCAGCUGGUGCCUCCCACUGCUCCUCGUCAUCUCGCCAUCCCUGACAUCUAGCACAUAAAGGGCAGGCCUGGGUGGAUAGAUGCAAGUAACAGCCAACAACCCUAUAGUCGCUUUUCUCCGUUGUAAAGGCGCUCAGUCGCUCCUGGUCACCGAGCCGUGUGCUUUUGUUCCUUUCCUUCCCCGCUCGCCCCAGAUACAUUGAGAAGUCGGCAGAGGAGCUGGACGAGGAGGUCGAGUAUGACAUGGACGAGGAGGAUUACAUCUGGCUGGACAUUAUGAACGAGCGCCGGAAGACGGAGGGCGUGAGCCCCAUCCCCCAGGAGAUCUUUGAGUACCUGAUGGACCGGCUGGAGAAGGAGUCCUACUUUGAGAGCCACAACAAGGGGGACCCCAACGCCUUGGUGGACGAGGACGCCGUCUGCUGCAUCUGCAACGACGGCGAGUGCCAGAACAGCAACGUCAUCCUCUUCUGCGACAUGUGCAACCUGGCCGUACACCAGGAGUGCUACGGCGUCCCCUACAUCCCCGAAGGCCAGUGGCUGUGUCGCCGCUGCCUGCAGUCCCCCUCCCGGGCCGUGGACUGCGCCCUGUGCCCCAACAAAGGGGGCGCUUUCAAGCAGACGGACGACGGGCGCUGGGCCCACGUGGUGUGCGCCCUCUGGAUCCCGGAGGUGUGCUUCGCCAACACGGUCUUCCUGGAGCCCAUCGACAGCAUCGAGCACAUCCCUCCCGCCCGCUGGAAGCUGACCUGCUACAUCUGCAAGCAGCGAGGCUCGGGCGCCUGCAUCCAGUGCCACAAGGCCAACUGCUACACCGCCUUCCACGUCACCUGCGCCCAGCAGGCCGGGCUCUACAUGAAAAUGGAGCCCGUCCGCGAGACGGGGGCCAACGGGACCUCCUUCAGCGUCCGCAAGACGGCCUACUGCGACAUCCACACGCCGCCCGGCUCCAUGCGGCGCCUGCCUGCCCUCUCGCAUAGCGAGGGGGAGGAGGAAGAGGAGGAGGAGGAGGAUGGGAAAGGCUGGAGCUCGGAGAAAGUGAAGAAGGCCAAGGCCAAGUCCCGGAUUAAGAUGAAGAAGGCGAGGAAGAUCCUGGCCGAGAAGAGAGCGGCUGCGCCGGUGGUCUCGGUGCCCUGCAUUCCUCCCCACAGGUAGGGCACCCUCUCUCCCCACCCCCAAGCUGCUCGUCCCACAACCUUAAUAAGAUGGAAUCAUGAAGGGGCGAGGUUGUUGUCUGGGUUACUUGGGGCUUUGCAGGCCGGUCUGUAUGGCCCAGGCAAAAAAAAAUCCCUGGAUUUUUAUUAUUUUUUAUUAUUUGUAUAUUUGCCCUAUACAGUGGUGCCCCGCAAGACGAAUGCCUCGCAAGACGGAAAACCCGCUAGACGAAAGGGUUUUCCGUUUUGGAGGUGCUUCGCAAAACGAAUUUCCUAUGUGCUUGCUUCGCAAGACGAAAAUGUCUUGCGAGUUCCUGCAGGGUUUUUUCCUUUCCCCCCCUUUUUCCCAAGCCGCUAAACCGCUUAACAGCUGAUGCUAAGCCGCUUAUCAGCUGAUCUUUAAGCCGCUUAACAGCUGAUGCUAAGCCGCUUAUCAGCUGAUCUUUAAGCCGCUUAACAGCUGAUGCUAAGCCGCUUAUCAGCUGAUCGUUAAGCCGCUUAUCAGCUGAUCUUUAAGCCGGCUAAGCCGCUAAUACUGUAGCGCUAAGCCGCUAAACCUCUAAUGGGCUUGCUUCGCAAGACGAAAAAACCCGCAAGACGAAGAGACUCGCGGAACGGAUUCUUUUCGUCUUGCGAGGCACCACUGUACCUGUAGAUCUCAGGGCGGUUCGCUGCAUAAAAGUACAAUAUAAAAAAACACAAAAUACAUAAUAAAGUAAGAACAGGAGCAAACCAGUCAUACCCCGCCCAUUUAAAGGGGCAUCAGAUGUCAAUUUGGGGCGCCUAAUCCAGAGGCCUGCUAUGUACAAACUGUCUUGGGCCGCAUCCACUUGAGACAAAAACAUGUUGGGUGCUUGUGAAAGGGCUGCUUUUUUAUUUACUACAUUUGCAGUUCAUCUACGUUCAAGGUAGCGUUUUAGCCUCUGAAUAACCAGUGGGAUAAUCUCCAGAGAGGCUGGCCUGUCCAAGGUUGCUGUGCAAGCUCCACAGCUGAUCAGGGGCUUAAACUGGGCUUUUCUGAGACCCUGCAUACAUUUCUGGACUCCGGCUCCCAUCGUCCCUGACCAUUGGCCAUGCUGGCUGAUGGGAAUUGGAGUCCGGCUUUAUCUGGAGGGCCACAGAUUCCCCAUUCGAUUCUCAAGCUACUGCGCACGUGUCUCUGCACGAGGGUGCAAGUUAUUUUAUUUUAUUUUAUUUUUUACCAUCAUGGGAGUUAUGUUCAGUAAGUUUGCAUGUGACUGUUCAAGAUUUAAUUUUUAAAAAUAAUUUAAUAUAUAUAUAUAUUUCUGCUAAAGGAGAAGCACUUUGGGACUAAGUGGAGAACGGCUACUGCUAAUGUUGCCAUGGACAAACAUUUCAGGAGUUAGGGGCUGUGCUUUUUUUCUGGGGAUACUCAAGGGUACCUUAUUUUUCUUUUAAAAAAUAACACUGUUUAGGGGUGUGUAUUUUAUCCAUUUUACAAAAAUUCAUAUACCGCUCCGCCAUCAUGAAACCCCUGAUCGGAUUACUAUCAAUAAAACAACAAUUUAAAAACAUUUUAGAAACUGUCUAAAAUAAUAAUUUGUUAUUUAUACCCCGCCCAUCUGGCUGAGUUUCCCCAGCCACUCUGGGCGGCUUCCAACACAAUAUUAAAAUACAGUAAUGCCUCAAACAUUAAAAGUUUCCCUAAACAGGGCUGCCUUCAGAUGUCUUUUAAAGAGAAGAUAGCUGCUUAUUUCCUUCACAUCUGAUGGGAGGGCGUUCCACAGGGUGGGCGCCACUACCGAGAAGGCCCUGUGUCUGGUUCCCUGUAACCUCACUUCUUGCAAUGAGGGAACCACCAGAAGGCCCUCAGAGCUGGACCUCAGUGUCCGGGCAGAACGAUGGGGGUGGAGAUGCUCCUUCAGGUAUACUGGGCUGAGGCCGUUUAGGGCUUUAAAGGUCAGCACCAACACUUUGAAUUGUGCGCGGAAACGGACAGAAGAUUGUUUAUGGCCAAAGAAACUGUUCACCCAACGGUUUGACGACAAGGUCGGGCAGGACUCCAUUCUGUGUUCCCUCGGAACCCCGCUUUUGAAUUUGUCUCACCUCUGUGGGCAAAACGGCAAGGCAGCAAAUUACACCAGGCUGAACGUUGCUUUCGCUGCAUGGUGAAAAAUGCUCUCUUGCUGGACGGCGGUUCUGCGAUCCUGUCCGUUGGGAGCAGGAAACAAGCCCGGCAGUGGUGGGUGUUUCCUCCACUGUGUGUCACCACAUCCCCAUGGGGAAAGCCUUCCCCUUGUUGCUUUGCUUGUGGGUUUCUCAAGAGUUACAUGGCUGGCUGCGGCUGUUAACAGAACACCGGUCUCGAUGGACACCAGUCUGUUUUGCCGACAAGACAAAUCUUUAAUUUGUCGCUGCAUACUUCUUGAGCACCUUUUUCAGUGUACAAAAUGCUUUAAAAAAUGCAGAAUUCCAUCCCACCACAGGUAAUGAAACCAGCCUUGUAGCAAAGGCAGAUUGCCCACAGAUCUGUACCUUAAAGUCCUUGGAGGAUAAGGCUGUCAGUAGCUACAAAUCUUACUGGCUAGAUUCUCCCUUCAGGUUCAGAAGCAACACGCUUCUGAGUCCCAGUUGCACCAGCAGCUAAGAAAGCUGUUGCCCUCAUGUUCUGCUUUGCAGGCUUCCCGUAAGAGAGCCAAAUGUGGUGUCGUGGCUGGGGUGUUUGACUAGGAGCUGGGAGGUAAAGGUAAAGGGACCCCUGACCAUUAGGUCCAGUCGUGGCCGACUCUGGGGUUGCAGCGCUCAUCUCGCUUUAUUGGCCGAGGGAGCCAGCAUACAGCUUCCGGGUCAUCUGGCCAGCAUGACUAAGCCGCUUCUGGCGAACCAGAGCAGCGCAUGGAAACGCCGUUUACCUUCCCACUGGAGCGGUACCUAUUUAUCUACUUGCACUUUGACGUACUUUCGAACUGCUAGGUUCGCAGGAGCAGGGACCGAGCAACGGGAGCUCACCCCGUCACGGGGAUUCGAACCGCCGACCUUCUGAUCGGCAAGCCCUAGGCUCUGUGGUUUAACCCACAGCGCCACCCGCGUCCCUAGGAGCUGGGAGACCAGGGUUCAAAUCCCUACUUGGCCGUGAAGUCCGCUGGGUGGCCUUGGGCCAAUCACAGCCUCUCAGCCUAACUUAACUCAUAGGGUUGAUGCGAGGAUAAAAUGGGGAGGCAGAGAACACCUGUUCCCCCUUGAGCUCUGUGGAGAGGAAAGGUGAGAUAUAAAUGUCAUAAUCAAUCAAUCAAUAGAAUAACAUUACUAUUUUCCAGGGCAGGGGCUCCCAGCGGUUCUGUUGCUGCAGCCACCAGCCACUCGUCUUCCUGACUGCAGAGAAGUGCUCUUGUCCCAUGCAGGGGCGAAGAGGCAAGUGGCAACUGUGGCUCGGGGUUAAGCAGAGAGACAGUGAAUUGGCGGCUUAGGAGAGAUUUGAGGCCAGGUCAGAUCUAAAAAGUUGUCCAUUAAACCUCAAUCAUCCCAGGUGCAUCCUGGUGCUUUAGUUGGCGGUGUGAUGUAUUUAGGAAAAGGCGUUCCAACCCACCAGAUUCUUGAUUUUUUCACUCUCAGACUUCGGAGGCCAACGAUGGGAUGCCAAGCGGGCUAUUUUAGCCAAGGAAAUUCCAUGGAGAAAGUUGGUGGGUGGAUAUUGCCCCCUGUUCAGGAUCUAACCGGGUGUCACAUCCAUUUCACAGGCUGUCACUGGCUUGGGCAAACCAAAUUUAGUCUCAUCCUUGACCCAGCUCAGGGGUGCGGGACCUUUGGCUGUCCAGAUAUUUUGCAGGACUACAACUCCCAUCAGCCCCAGCCAUCAUAGUUGAUGGCGACAGAUGAUGGGAACUUGUAGUCCAGCAGCGUCAGGAAUACCAAGGUUUCCCUGCUCGUGACCUCGCUCUUUGGCGGCCCUUCCUCUGGUCUCCUAGCGGCGCACAGAUGGACGACUUAUGAAGCAGGGCAGAGCGGAAAGGCCACUGCAGAACUCUCAUUGACCAGCAAUGUAGCAAUAAUAACAUUAGCGCCACGUCUCUGACGUUUGUGGUUGAUGAAAGUGGUGGAAAAGGCUGAGAGCUAGCAACACGGCCGAGGCUGCUCCACGACCUUCCAGCUGCGUAGGAGAUUUGAACCCAGGUUUUCUUUCCCCCCCGUCUCCAAACCCCACUGUUGGUGUGUUCUGCAAUACAGUAGCGCCGCGUAACCAUUUUCCUUAGGCCUGUGGUACAGGCGGAACCGCUGUGCCUCCCUGGCCUUGCGACGCGACCGCUUGACCCUCCCCGCUCCACCCCUUCUCCCCCUGCAGGCUCAGUAAGAUCACCAACCGCUUGACCCUCCAGAGGAAGAGCCAGUUCAUGCAGAGAUUGCACAGCUACUGGACCCUGAAGAGGCAGUCCCGCAAUGGAGUGCCCUUGCUGCGCCGGCUCCAAACACACCUGCAGUCGCAUAGGAACUGCGAGCCCGGGAGGCCGGCCCCUCCUCCUCCCGUGUCCAAGGCUGAGCAGGUACGUCUUCCCUCGAGGUUGGGGGCCAGGGGGAACGUGUGGGGAGGGGGAAGAGUGGGGCGUGACUGCCAGGUGCCUGCAGGGCCAAGAGCAAGGCCUCUGGUGCCUGGCCACCCGCUUGCCAUCGUUUGUUGGACUUGAAGGAGCAUGGGGUUGUGCGGGAGAAGCUUAGGCUGAUUUUGCAGCAAGGCCAGGCAAUGCGCUCCCCAGUUUGCAUGCAGGAAGGAAGGCCUUGGCUGCCGCAGUGAGAUGUGGUGGGUGCGGGGACCUACGGAUUUCCUCGGGCCAAGGCCAAAGCCAGCAUGAACUUAACCCAUGGGUAAGCAAACUAAGGCCUGGGGGUUGGAUCCGGCCCAAUCGCCUUCUCAAUCCGGCCCGCGGACGGUUCGGGAAUCAGCAUGUUUUUACAUGCGUAUAAUGUGUCCUUUUAUUUAAAAUGCAUCUCUGGGUUAUUUGUGGGGCACAGGAAUUUAUUCAAUUUCCCCCCAAAAUAUAGUCCGGCCCCCCACAAGGUCUGAGGGACAGUGGACCGGCCCCCUCCUGAAAAAGAUUUCUUAACCCAAAAGGACCAGCUUUACAUGCGAAAAGUCCCAGGCGGGAGGGUGGAAAGCCCUCUUCCAUGACCAUAGAGUUGCCGCCUGUCAGGGUAGACAGUCCAUUCAGGGCGCUCUGACUUUGUGCAAGGCAGCUCCGCGCAUCUUCCUUCUGCCAGGAGGGAGAGGGAAGGCACUGGGCCUCCUCUUGCAAACCCGCCAAAGGGGUCUCUGCCCUCGCUGUGCCCCGUUCCGCUCUGGCGUUUGCCUCUGCCCCCCUCCCCUCAGCUCCUGGCAGCAACCCUGGGCGGAGCCAGCUGUCGCUCUUCUUUCGAGAGCCGUGGAAACCUGGCAGGGGGCAGGGAUGCCCCUUCCUCUCAUAGACUCUGAUGUUCCUGCAGCGAGAUAACACAGAGGAUAAGAACUGGGCCCUGAAAGAGCAGCUGAAAUCUUGGCAGCGCCUCCGCCACGACCUGGAACGAGCGCGCUUGCUGGUGGAGUUAAUACGCAAGCGGGAGAAGCUCAAGAGAGAGACGGUAACCGCGGCGGGAAAGGGAGAUCGGGGCGUCCUCUCCUGGGGAGGGGAGGGAGGGAGGGAGGGAGGGAGACACGCUUAAGGGAAGCGCUCGACCUGUGCAGCAUAGCCAAGUGGCAUGAUAAGAGGGGAGCACUGGGCUUUCCUAGGAGAGUUACGGGAUGAGGUGGUAAAACCUUUCCAGAAGGGGUUGUCUGAGGGGUGUUUGGGGAGGUGUCAAGCUUCUCCAGAUAAUAGUAAUAAUAAUUUUAUUAUUUAUAUGCCGCUCAUCUUUCUGGGUUGCUCCAGGCACUCUGGGCAGCUCCCAACGAAAUAUUAAAAAGGCAACGAAACAUCAGCCGUUAAAAACUUCCCUGUGCAGAUGUGACUUGUUGGCUCUAGUGUGAAUUCUGCUCCCCUCUGGUUCGCACUUAGUUCCCGUUGUCCCCAGAGCUCGCUCCCAGGCCGUGUUCCGACACGGCAGGAGCAAAGCAGCACCAGGAUUGCCCAUGAUGCACCCCUGCAUUCCCCGGGAGGAGUAGGGGAGGUAAGGGUGUAUUACAGCAGCAUAUUAGGGGCUUCCACAAGAUCCAUAAUGGCAGGCCACCUGCCCCAAGGACGGCUCGGUCGCCCCGUAAGUGAAAUUCUCUUACAGCGCAGAGUUUCAGGGGGACUCCCAACUUCCGGCAAGCCCCAACCAGCACAGCCAGUGGUCAGGGACUUGGUGGGGUGGGUGGGGAGUUGUAGCGCCUGGAGGGUCACCGGUUGCCCCUCCCCCCAGCCCCUCUGCCCUGGUGCUUUCUAACCCCAUGCUACUUCAGAGGUCCCCGGCUGAGGCGCAGCGGACUGUCCUAGGGACCCGGGAGCUCAAUGGCUCCCCCCACUCUGUGUUUCAGAUCAAAAUGCAGCAGGUGGCCCUCGAGAUGCAGCUGACGCCUUUCCUCAUCCUCCUGCGCCGGACGCUGGAGCAGCUCCAGGAGAAGGACACGGGCAACAUCUUCAGCCAGCCGGUCCCGCUGUCUGAGGUAACAGAACUCUACGAAGUAAGAACCCCUCCACCCCCAAUUUAUACUUUGCUCUGUUCCCAUCCAGCCCUGGCGCUGGGCCUGUCCUGUCCUGUGCCCCCAACAACCCCGACCCUUCCUUCGCACGCCCACAGGGUUGGGCCGUUGUGUGUGCGAAAGGCACCAGAGGCCCCGCUGGCUGGGCAAGUAGCUCGAAUGUACUAUGGUCCAAAGCUUCCUGACAAAGCUUCCAGGCCUAGCGUCAGUAGAUGGCCUCCUUGCACCUCCGUGCUCUGGGACGGCCCGCUGCUGACACCUGCCCUGGGCCCUCUUUUUAAAAACAAAACAAAACCACCCAUGCCCACUCCAGUUGGCCGCCAUCUUUGUUUUUGGUAACGAAUGAGAAGGUAAAUUCUAACGCCACCGUGAGGGGGGUGGGUUGCGGUCACUGUCACCACCAAAAAUUGCUUCGGGAAUUGUCCGUUUUGCAGGGUGAGGAGAGGAGGGAGGCCAAUGUGUUGAGUCAUGAAGGUCACCAAGAUAAAAGCCCCGAGGGUUUCCCGUGAAGGUGCAGGGAGGGGGUUACAGGUUGGCAAUUUGACAAGGGCCGUCUAAACUCAAGCUGGACUGGUCUAUUCCUUUUGAUUUUGUAUGGGGUUAUGAGAAGAGGAUCUGCUUGCCCUACAGGCUGGUCACCACCAGGGGAAAUAAUGACACCAUUGCCCAGCCAGACCGCUUUUAGAGCUUCUGCACACACUCAAACUGGAGAUAGAGGUUCGCAAAGUCCUCGUUCUGGUCAUGCGGAAGGCAGUGAACGAGUUCAAGUCUCACUGUUGCUUGUUUACGUAGGACCAAGUCAUGGUUUAGCGUUACAUUCCCAACGUGGCCGGUCCUUCACACUCUUCCUCUGAAAGCCGUGCUGCUAUUUAAGGUCAAUGCAUCAUUCGUAUUAAGGAACUAAGAAGAUCGGAGUACACAUCUUUGUUGUUUUUAAUUUCAAUAAAUACAGAAAGUAGAAAAGCUACGAAGAAGCAAAACUCAGCCUUCAAGGGAUACCUUGUCUUCAUCAGAAAGAGGAAACACUUCAGUCCAGAUUUAGAUUCUGCUUCUAGGUUGGGCAGUUGGGAAGGCAAAAAUACACAAAAUCAGCACCACUCCAUCAAAGUGAAUUGUCUACUCUAAAGCCAAAGUGGUUUUUUGUUGUUGUCGUUUUUAAAGGUUCAUUUUACAUUUCCCUUCUGACUGUUGAUGAAAAACAAAUUGUUUGAAUAGAUCACUGCAGGCCGGGGCAAAUAGCUUACUGAAAAUGUCUGGUUAUCAGCCCCCUUUUUUUGCGGACGCUCUCUUAUUUUAUUUUUUUGCUGACCCACUUCUUAGCAGUACAAACUUACCAUCAGACCAGGCUUGCUCUAUUCCGUCCAGUACAGCAUAACUAUAUAAAAAACCCUGUUUUUCUGUCGCACAGCUUUGUUAAAUAUGGGAGGAGAAUGCAGGAACUGUCUUUGGCUAGGAAGAGAAAGAGGUUUGUCCCCAGCCUUUAGUCAGGGUGGUGCCGGGCCUGGCAAGAGGGGUUUUGGAGAACCUCCUGUGACGCAGAGAGAGUUGUGUGUUGAGAUUGAGGCCUAUUGAGAAAGGAAAUUGAGAGGUAAUAGGUGGGGUAGCCAGGUAUGGCGAGGAAGACUGCAGGCAGACACUUUUAGGGGACUUGCAGCACAUGCAGAGGAGCAGAAGUUGGGAGCAAGGUCCCAAACCUCUUCACGAGCAGCCUGCCAGCUUUGCUUUUGCUUCCCCUUGCAAGCCACCCGCCUUUCUGAAUGUUCGCUCUUCUUUUUUCGGAAGGUGGGGGUGGGAGAAGGCCGUUCACGGGGCCUUGGGGGAGGGUGCCCGACUUUGUGUGCCCGCGCUGAACGGCAGUGCCCCUUUCUCAGUGGGGAAAUUGCUCCAGAUUGGGCGAGAGGCUUUCGGGACUGCUUCUAACUUUUGUUUCGUCUUCUCUUGGAGCAGGGAUUCCCCACCCCGGGGCGGCGAUCUCCCCAAUCUCUGAGCCGUGCCGCUCUCUCUCUCUCUCUGCCCGCUGCAGGUCCCCGACUACCUGGACCACAUCAAGAAGCCGAUGGACUUCUACACCAUGAAGCAGAAGCUGGAGGGCUAUCGCUACCUGAACCUAGACGAGUUCGAAGAGGACUUCAACCUGAUCGUCAGCAACUGCUUGAAGUACAACGCCAAAGACACCAUCUUCUACCGGGCAGCCGUCCGCUUGCGGGAGCAAGGGGACGUCGUGCUGCGGCAGGCGCGCCGGCAAGCGGAGAAGAUGGGCAUCGACUUCGAGACGGGCAUGCACUUCCCCAUGGCCGCGGACGAGGCGCCUCUGCGAAGCACCGAGAACGGUCAGUAUAAGAAACGUCCUCGGCUAAUGCCCAGAGAUUAGGAUGGUGGCUGCCCGGGUAGGGGCAGGAGUGCCAGAGCUGAAAGCUGCCCCAGGUUGCCUGGGCAGCAGCUGGCAUUCACUCGGGUUGGAUCCACUGGGAAGAAAGGGGUGUCUGAAGAGAAAGCCCCUGCCUUCUCUCCCCAGCGAGAUUGCAUCCGUUGCCGAGAUGCCUUUAUCGCAAAGCACAAAAAGGGUUUUGUGGGAGGGCUGGAGCUUCUGGCAGUGUUGGCUGCCUGCCCUAAGGGCACGUAGAGGGAGGGACCCGGCUGGCACCAUCUGAGCUGCUGCGAUUUUAGAAAGAGGCAGGCCUCCUAGGGAGGAAGUGUGGCGAAAGGAGGGGCUGGGCAAGGAGAGCCUCACGAAGGAAGAUGGAGUGGUCCGAAUGCGAGAGGAGGAGGUCACGGGGGUGAAUUUGGAAAAGAGGAAGGCUAACCAAAGGAGACUUUUCCAGAGCUGCAGGGGCUAAGAAAGUGGGAGCUUGGGCCCAAACUUCCCCAUUACAGCAGCCCACCAGCUUUCAAAAAUUGCAGUUUGGUAUAUUGACAAGUUGCCAGAGGUGGCUUGCAGAAUUUCAACUACUAGAAUCCCUCUUGGCAACUUUCCCCUUCCUCUCCCGUGCAGGAAAAGUCCCAAGACAAGAGGUUGCCUAGUGGCAUUUGGCUCACUUCUUUCUUCCUUUUACGGGGCACAAGCAUUAAACAAUGCUCCAAUGUGUAUCUAGGCCAACAAAUAAGAAGGUGGGGGUGAGGGGUGGGAUUCAUUUUCCUCCAGGAAGGAAAACGUCAUGAUGUGCUUUCUUUAAACAAACCAUCCUCCGGCGGUCUCUCCUCUCUCCCAUCUAUCCUCUCACCCAGCAACUUAGAAUUACCCUGAGCCUCUACGGUUGUUUGUUUGCUACCUUGGCUUUUAGCCAAAAGGACCCUAUGUUGCCUUGAAUCCUUUUACCACUGAGCCCUUUGUAUUAUGGGUUAGACUCAAGAAACUGCCCUCCUCUUUGCUUUAUGACGAAGAGGAUGCAAAGAUGAUGAUGAUAAUGAUGAUAAUAAUAAUAAUAAUUUAUUUAUACCCCACCCAUCCAGCUAGGUUUCCCCAGCCACUCUGGGUGACUCCCAACAGAUUAAAAACAGAAUAAAACAUCAAACAUUAAAAACUUCCCUAAACAGGGCUGCCUUCAGAUGUCUUCUAAAAGUCAGAUAGUUGUUUAUCUCCUUGACACCUGAGGGCUUCUUUAAGAGCUGCUGGUACUGGUCUUGUCCUUCGGUCUUUAACACCCCUGUCUGAAAGAUCUCUUUGGUCUGCCCCCUAAAGGAAGUAUGCAGACGACCGUGUUUUUCAUAAAUAUCUUCAUUGUUUGUUUGUUUUUAAAUUGCAAUAUUUAAUUUAUUCAUUUUUUCAAGAAUUACGGACCAGUCUGUUUCCAGUCCAUAUCAGUCCCAGCCUUUCAUAACACCCUGGAUGUUGUUGGACUACAACUCCCCUCAUCCCUGGCCAUUGGCCAUGCAUGCUGGGACUGUUGGGACUUGGAGCCCAAAACAUCUGAAAAGCACCGGGCUGAGUAAGGCUGGUUUGCAUGUGUUCAGCAAUAAAUUCCUUCCUUCCUAUCUCCAUACAGAUCUGCAUUUAAAAAAAAAAAAUCCAUAUCAACACGUGUACUCCAGAUGUAGCUUUGAAUGCAUUUUCUCACAAAUACACUAUUCUAAACAUAUUUUGUCUCAAAGGGACAUAUUUCUACAUUUAUUUUAUUCUUUUUUAAAAAAGCACUUUUAUCUGUAUCUUGGUACUUGGUACACAGUCGAGAACUGUGCUGCAAAAUUCAGAAAAGUGCAAAAUCUGAAGGAUCUAGUCAGAUCUGCACAUCGGAGAGGUUAACCACCAAAGUCUGGUAUAUCUGUUUGUUAGAACUUCAUAUGUUCCUCGCAUUUCCACAUCAUUGAAACUAUUGGUGAGGCUUUCACCAUGCCUUAAGAUAUUGGCAGCCAAAAGCCAGAUAAGAAUUAUGUAUUGGGCAGUGGUGGGUAGCUACAGUCCACGGCGGCCAUCCUUAUAGCUAGGCUGUUAACAGUUGGACUCGCUCAUGCCAGAGCGCCCCAGACACAGAUGGUCCAACAAGCUACUUUUCCAUGUGCUUGGCUGCUGGAGAGGAGGAAGAAACCGAACACCUCUUAAGAUUUAUAAUCAGAAAUCCGGAACCUAACAAACUUUCAACGAAAGGAAGCGGGGAUAGAAGCUACUUGAAUUCCCAGGGAUGUAAAAUGCACCUAAAACUGCAUGCAUAUGGAAUUGUGGAAGGCAACCGCCCCCAUCCUGAUGCUUUCCUGCUCUCCGUUUUGCCCACUUUUAGGGACUGAGAUGUUGCGAAACAAUGUCAGGCCUGGGGAACCUGUGGUCCUCCGGCUGUUGUCCCAUCCCAAUUCCCAAUAUCCCUGGCUGAUGGGAGUUGUAGUCCCGUAAUGCCCAGAGAGCUACAGGUUCCCCCAUCCCUGCCUCCUUUCUUUGCCUCCCGGGUUCCGGUCUCUCCUUGGUCGGUCCAUCGGCGGAAGCCUCCUCCUUAUACUGGGCUUUGUUUCCUUGUUGGCGCAGACGAGGAGCGGAUGCUGCUGUCUGAGAACCAGAAGCACCUGCCCCUGGAAGACCAGCUGGGCCUGCUGGUGGAACGCCUGGCCGAGGUGAGCGCCGGGAAGCAGAGCGUGGGCCGCUGCCGGCGGGCCAAGAUGAUCAAGAAGGAGAUUACGGCCUUGCGGCGCAAACUGGCGCACCAGCGGGAGUCGGGGAGGGAUGGGCACGGCCCCCUGACCCGCAUCAUCCUGCCGGCCCAUAACCCCUGCGAGAAGGACACGCAAACCGACAGUGCCGCCGAGGAGAGCAGCAGCCAGGAGACCGGCAAAGGUGGGUGGCGGGGCCUGGGACCGCAUGGAGCAGCCAGGUCCCAGCCAGGCAGGGGUUGCUUGUACCACAAUCAGAGUCCUCCACGAGUGGGAGGGGCUUGGCCAGGGGAGCAGUGCAGCACCUCCUCCUCGGGAGGAUUCCCAGAAAAUAUUGCACUUCAGUUGAUGAUCUCUCGGGUCUGUGGAAAGGGGCACAGCAAGCAGACCCGGGCUGAGGUUCAAGGUGUAACACCCAGGGCUGGGUGAUACCUGGUUUUCAACAUCAUGAUAUUGGGCUUGCCACUUGGAAGGUUGGCGGUUUGAAUCCCCGCAGCGGGCUGAGCUCCCAUUGCUCUGUCCCAGCUCCUGCCAACCCAGCAGUUCGAAAGCACACCAGUGCAAGUAGAUAAAUAAGUACCACUGCAGCGGGAAGGUAAACGGCGUUUCCGUGCGUUCUGGUUUCCAUCACGGUGUUCCAUUGCGCUGGAAGUGGUUUAGUCCUGCUGGCCACAUGACCAAGAAAGCUGUCUGUGGACAGACGCCGGCUCCCUUGGCCUGAAAAGCGAGAUGAGCGCUGCAACCCCACAGUCGCCUUUGACUGGACUUAACUGUCCAGGGGUCCUUUACCUUUACCUUUAUUGUGAUAUAUCACCAGCUAAACAUUGUGCUAUACUGAUAUAUCACAACAUCUGCAAUAAGGAUGGAGCCAUGUAGAGGCAUUGGCUGGCUUUGCGGUUUUUCCCACAUUGUGAUUUUUGCAUAGCACACACACACACCAUGGUUCAUGAUUUAUUGCCAGGUCAAAUAACUAUUAAACCGAGAUCACAGUAUGGUCUUCGAACCAGUUUUGGAAGUUAUAUCGCCCAGCCCUAACAGACAUCACGAUUCACGGUAUAUUGCCUGGUCAAAGAUUAUGAAACCGAUAUAACGAUAGGGUUUUCAAACCGGCUUUGGAUGAUAUAUCAACAUAUCACCCAGCCUAGUAACGUCUUCCUUGGCAUCAGCCCUAAUAGAUUCCCAGUGUUUACCCAGCGGCUCAUAGAGUGGGAUCUGCCACUUCCUAUUAGCGUUAUCCCCUACUCUCCAACUCCUGAGUGAAUGAAUUUUAUUAUUUCGGUCACAGACCAGUUCCAGCCCACAUACAAUAUCAAGGAAGUCAUAAAACACGAUAGGGAUGUAUUUGAAUUUGCAAUUAGGUAUAACAUGGACAAUACAGAUAUAGCAACAGUUAAAAAAUAUAUAAAUUAAAACUUAGUCACUAACAUAUAACCUAAAAUUAUCAUUUAAGGCCUUAAUCAUGAUAGCACAGCUUGUUCCCUAAGUUUUAUGGCAAUAGCACAGAAUUUGGCCACCCUUAACGUGAUCUCAGGAUCCUUGUCCUAUACCAGGGAUUUUAGACAUUGAUGUUUGGAUUCAGAACUCCUGAGAUCUGUUCAGCGGCUGCUGUGGGUGACUCCCAUCACAGGAGAGGGGGCCGCUCAGCGUAUAGGGGGAACAAUCCCUUCGAAUGAACCCGUUCAGCUUCCAAGGAUGGGCGGUGGGGAUACUGAAGGGAAGUGCUCAUGUUCAUCCUCUGUGCAAUGUCACUGCUUGCCCUUCCAGGCCUUGGCCCCAACUCAUCCUCCACGCCUGCGCACGAAGUCGGCAGGAGAACGUCGGUGCUUUUCUCCAAGAAGAACCCCAAAACGGCCGGGCCCCCCAAGCGUCCGGGGCGCCCGCCCAAGAACCGCGACAGCCAGCUGGCUCCGGGUCACGGGAACAGCCCCGUGGGACCCCCUCAGCUGCCAAUCAUGGUGUCCCGGCGGCCGCGCAAGAGGAGCCCGCGGCCCAGCUCCACCUCAGACAGCGACAGUGACAAAUCGGCAGAUGAAGCUCCAAUUGGUGAGUGAGGAAGGGGGCCAAGCUGAGAUAGUGUGUGGUGUUGGGAUGCAUCCGGGGAGACGGGGGCAUUUGGCAGGCCCCCAGCUGGCUCCAGCCACCGGCCGGCAGCCGGUCGAACUCCGGUUUCCCUUGGAACAGCAUCAAACAGCGACACAAGCUUCAGAAACCUUUAGAGACUUGAGCACGCUCUAAUCAGCAGAGUAAAUAACUCUUCACAAUGGAAAUGGCGGACAGAAGCAUAUGUAAGCAUAUUUACAAGCGUUUAUUCAGCAUUAGAACAGGACAAAGAAAACAUGUCUGCUCUCUUUCGUGUCCAAGCAAAAAGCAGCACAGGCAAAAGCUAUAUACAACAGAAGUUCCCAGCAGACUGUGCUGGAAGUAAACAGACAUGUGACAUACAACAACUCCACAUGCCUGUUCUAAAGGUGGAACUAUAUCCUAACACAUGGACGGUCUUCUUUCCACAACAAGUCCCCUGUUACGAGUGUAGAUACUUAGAUUGGAAGGGAGGUGGGAUUUGCUGCAAACUCGGCAUAUGUGCAAAUAACGCAAGCCAUUUUUGUUAGAUUGUGCCCAGCAGGUUUAGUUCAGUGCCACAUAAAGUGGCAACAGUUUAACACGAGAGCAUUGCCUGUGUCAGGUUAAGCAUCUUGUCCCGGUUAACAAAUUGGUAAAAGUAACGUCAACAGUGAAAAGAAAGGGGCUGGGUCUUCUGGGAAGCCAAUGGGGCACAGAGGCUGAAAGUACAUUGCUGGGAAGGGCACAGAAAGAUGUAAAAAGCAUGAGGGGGGAGGAACAGGGGAGGGGACAGAAUAGAUAGAAAGAAAAGCUUGUAAUGCAGUGUUUCCAAACUUAGGUCUCCAGCUGUUUUCGGACUACAGUUCCCAUCAUCCCUGACCAAUGAUCUUGCUAUGUAGGGAUGAUGGGAGUUGUAGUCCAAAACCAGCUGGAGACCCAAGUUUGGGAAACACUGUUGUAAUGGAUCCAUCUGUGCUUGAAUCCAGCUUUCACAAUUUGUAGUGUAACGGUUGGCCCGGUAGAAAGCCAUUGCAUUUGUCAACUGGAGAAUUCAGCUAUAGGUAUUAUAUCGGAGCCUGUUGUGAUUUGCCCUCCCCUCGCCACCCUCUGCAGACCUGCCAGCCAACGGCUUCAGCAGCGGCAAUCAGCCGGUCAAGAAGAGCUUCCUAGUUUAUCGCAACGACUACAACCUUCCACGCAGCAGCUCUGAAUCUGAGUCCAGCAGCACAACCAGCAGCAGCGCCGCCUCGGACCGUACCAGGUACCAGGAGAUCCUUCCCAUUGUAUUGAGCGGUGAAGCCGGGCCUCUUUUCCCCCCUUAGCCUAGGUGCACAGUGCAGAAUAAUGGAUAGUCCCAGGUCAGGCAAUUUCCCAGGUGGCAAGUGUGAACUCUGUAAACUGCCCUUCCAGUUUUGAAGGGAAUCUUGUCAGACACACGCACCGCCCUGCCACAAGGUCUUAGCACAACCACUUGCCGGGUAUACAUUGAUAUGUUCCGGAUAAUGGUGGGCCAAAAGCAGAACUGUGCCACAAGGAAAUGACUGAUUUUGCAAAAGUAGUGGCUUUGACAAGGUGCUAGGCACUGUAUCGUGAGUCAUGGCCAUGCAUCAGGCACUGUUCCAGAUGAAGCAGUGUACACAACACGCCUUUCAGUGCUGCUUGCAUUGUAUGCCUCUAUAAAAAGAAAUUUACACACAUUUCUUUCUUUUUUUAAUGAUAUUUAUUAAAAUUUCAAAGAAUACAAGAAUUACACAAAAACAAAAAGUAAAAAUACAAAAAAAUACAAAAUACAGAAAAAAGAAUACAUGAAAAAUAAAAAGGAACAUACAAAAUAAAAACAAUUAAAAACACAUUAAUUUUCCCUAGCAUAUCCUCCUUACACUUAUAUCCCCGGACCUCCUCGUACCUCCCUUUUUUGUAUUCCAGUUCAGUUUGCUAGUUCAGCAAAUCCUUACCAUUAAGAUUUUACCCAUUUGUGAACCUUUUUUUUUCAUAUCUCUUAAAGCAUUACAGCUGGAAACCACUUAGUUUCUGUCCAACAUCCUUCUAAAAUUCAUUAAUUUUACAAUAUUUCUGUAGAUAGUCUUUAAAUUUCUUCCAGUCCUCUUUCACCGACUCUUCUCCCUGGUCUCGGAUUCUGCCAGUCAUUUCUGCCAAUUCCAUAUAGUCAAUCACCUUCAUCUGCCAUUCUUCCAGAGUGGGUAGAUCUUGUGUCUUCCAAUACUUUGCAAUGAGUAUUCUUGCUGCUGUUGUAGCAUAGAAAUUUACACACAUUUCAAGGCUAUGAGUGACUAGUAGUCAAAUUACCUGCAUGCUGUUUCCAGUAUCAGGUUGGCCGCGGCAAGAAACAGGAUGUGGGAUUAGGUAGGCCUGUGGUCUGCUCCACGAGGGCUUCUCUGAUGUAUGCCACAAUGAGAGCCUGGGGACAUUUUCCUCACUUGCCAUGCUUGCCCAAACUUCUAGUGGUGAGAUCAAUCCUGGCAUCGAAUGCAGGAAGUUCCUGCAGUACAUCCUUCUUGGACUUCCCAGGGAACGGGUCUCAUUCCUUUCCCUCUUCUGUGUUUAAUGCGGAGGUACGAUGCGAUACGAUGUGAUAAUCUUUAUUGUCAUUGUCCCAUACAGAACAACGAAACUGAAAAAUUUACAUAAGACAUUCAAAACCCAACAUGCCUGCUAUCCCAGCUAUCUCAACCCCUAAAAACUCUGAUACCCCAUUUUUAAAUACAGUAUACUCCCAUACAGACUCCUUACAAUGCGUUUAAAACCAAAAUCGCAUUUGGGUAGAAACUGUUUCUCUUUUUAAAAAUAAUAAUAAUAAUAAUAUUUAUUUGGGUAGAAACUGUUUCUCAGGCAGCUAGUCCUAGUCUUUAUAACCCUGUACCCUGUAGCAAUCUCCCAGGCUUCUGCGGAACGUGGAAAGUUAACACUACUUUUGCUUCCUCCCAUUUAGCACAACUCCUUCCAAACAAGGCAGAGGGAAGCCCUCUUUUUCCCGCGUGAAUUUCCCGGAGGACAGCAGCGAAGACACGUCGGGAACAGAAAACGAGUCCUACUCGGUGGGAACCGGCCGAGGGGUGGGCCAUGGCAGUGAGUAUUUGGGGCAGCGUUUCCUCUGCUUUCCUCUCUGGAGAUGGGGCUGGUGAGGAGGACGGCAUUUACACCCUUUCCCCUCUCGUUCUGUCUUUGUGCAGUGGUGCGGAAGAGCAUCAGCCGAUCGGCCGGCUGGCUGUCUGAAGACGAGGACUCCCCUCUGGACGCCCUGGACCUGGUGUGGGCCAAGUGCAGGGGUUACCCCUCUUAUCCGGCACUGGUGGGUUUGAUGAGCACGCCUACAUAUGCACUGAGGAGGGUUAAGGAGGGUUAGGCCACUGGAAACCUUGGUAGGGGUGAUGCACCCUUUGAAACAAUAGUAGAAAAUGAGGUUAUGAACCAAGUGAAAGUUCAAGGACAGUUCUUGCGAGAUAGGAAGGUUUAUGCAGAAUAGAAAAUGCUACUUAGUGUAGAAACCAACAGAAACACAGUAUUCAGUUGUUGCUUUUUAAUGAACUUUUCUAAUUCUUGCGGAGAAAAAAGAGGGUAAUUUUGUGUGUGUAAGAGAGAGAGAGAAAACUCUGACUCGCAUCAGCCCCAGCCGACAUGGCCAAUAGUCAAGGGCGAUGGGAGUUGUAGUCCAGCAACAUCUGGAUGAGCAAAGGUCCCCAGCUUCUGCCUUACUACCUUGUCAGUGCUUUUUUUGUUGAAAAUUGAACUCAGGAUUUCAGCCUCCACAUCCUUAAACCCUAAGUUGUGCAACCAUACAACCAGUCUGUUAGCAACGAUAUAGAUGGACUACUUGCCUAAUCAGUACCUUUUAGCAUAAGCCUGGUGUUAAUGGAAACGUUAAAUGGUUGUUGCAUUAAGUAAUUUAUUCUAAACGCAACAUUUAAGUUUUAAGAUUGCGCACUUCUCUAAUGUCUCAUCACGUUACUGUGCACGACACAGCCUUUGAAAUGCUUCUUCAACACCCAUGAAGGACAGAAACCUGUUUUAAGGGGAGAAGGGGCAGGAAGAAUCGCAGACAGCAAAGGUUUGGGGGAGAAUCCCAAUUAUGUGACUGCCAGCAGCAUACGUGUGCAGUUGCGAGCGGUAAACAACUCAGGCUGUUUAACGUGUAAAGGCCAUAUUGGUCCUUAAAGCCUCAAUGCUGAGGUGCCCAAUCUGUUUACUUGUCACAUUUCCAUCUCCUCUAAGCAGCUCAGGGCAGUCAAUUUGCAUGCUGUGUGCGUUAAGCUGAAAUAUACAGAUUUGCACAAGGCCAGCUGGUGAGUUUCAGCUAAACUGUGGCUUGAACAUGGGAGUUUCCCCAUUCCAGCACUCUACAUAUGAGUGCAGCCUUUCCUUGUCUGGUGUGUGUGUGUGUGUUUUCACGCUCAACGAUUUCUCCAUUGCAACGUCUGUAGUUGCCCUUCUCUGACGUCCAAUCUUCCCCUGUUGGCAGAUCAUUGACCCCAAGAUGCCACGGGAAGGGAUUUUCCACCAUGGCGUCCCCAUCCCCGUACCCCCCUUGGAGGUGCUGAAGCUGGGAGAGCAGAUGACUCAGGAAGCCCGGGAGCAUCUCUACCUAGUCCUCUUCUUCGACAACAAGCGUACCUGGUAAGGACCUACGACGGAAGUUGGCAGAGAUGGGGGGCUGCCAUGUCUGGACCGAAACCUGGUGGAUAAAGUUGGGGGUGGAGAUGCCCCAUACCCAGAAAGGAUGAGGGGGGCGAGACUUGGGAGAACGCGGAAGCCCUCUCCCUUCACGGGAGGCAAGCACUCCUAGUGAGUUUGGGUCGCUCUGUUUCCUUUGCAGGCAAUGGUUGCCCCGCACCAAACUCGUGCCCCUGGGUGUGAACCAGGACCUGGACAAGGAGAAGAUGCUGGAGGGGCGCAAGUCCAACAUCCGCAAGUCUGUCCAGAUCGCCUACCACCGGGCUAUGCAGCACCGCAACAAGGUGCAAGGGGAGCAGAGCAGCGACUCCAGCGAGAGCGACUGACCCUCACCGGGGCUCCCGCCAAAGCUGCUCGAUCGGUGCAGCUGGACUGUACGGGAGAGGGGAGCGGGGAGCUCCAGCCUCGAGAAGCCCGGGCCCUUGGUGGCCAGGCUGCGGGAGCUUGCGUCGAGCACCCAACGGCCCCUCCAGUGUGCUGAGCACACCCCCAGAGCACUGUGCCCUCCGUGUGGGCAAGCCUACCUCUUGUGCCAGCCUGCCGUUCCUUCUUCCAUGCCUGGAAUUGCCCUGACCAGCUGCGUGAGCGACAGCCAGCUGCCUGCACAGCUCCCAAGGACAAUACCCCACUGUCUGGGUCCUGAGGUCCCCUGGGCCUUUGUAAAAUACUGUACAAUAGUGGGAGAAUGUAAAUUAUUUGGGCUGCUCCAUAAACACUCACCAACACACAGACCCCGGCCCCUCCUUUCCCUGCAUCAUAGUACCUGCCCUGAUCCAUUAUCCUUUCCUCGGCCCAGUCCUACCGACACUCUGCAGAGCAGGGCCGCUGUCUUCUCACUCGCACAUUUUGAUACUAUAGCUUUUUGGAACCUGGCUCUGCCUGAUCCCACCCCCCCUUGCCCUGUAGGCCCCCGGCUCUUCUUUCUGCUGCAGCCGGGUGGGCAUUUGUACUUGUAUUUAUUUUGGAGGAAGAAGAUCUCUAUCAAUUCUUAGAAAAUAAAAUGGCUCUUUUGGAACC